UUUUUUGUGUUGUUGGAAUACUUGGACUGCCAUCUUUUUGGGGAAUGUUGGCUGGAAUCACUGUUACUAUUGGUGUUGAAGCUCCUGUUUUCUUGCUUGUGCCAGUGCCAGUGCCAGUUCCAGUUCCAGUGCCGGUACCAGUUCCAGUUCCAGUGCCAGUGCCAGUUCCAGUUCCAGUGCCGGUACCAGGGGUCUUUUUAUUGUCUGGAGGUUCGCUUUUAGGAGUAUCUUUCACAGGAGGUUCACUUUUAGGAGUAUCUCUCACAGGAGGUUCGCUUUUAGGAGUAUCUCUCACAGGAGGUUCGUUUCCAGGGUUAGUUUGUUCAGGAGGUUCGUUUCCAGGGUUAGUUUGUUUAGGAGGUUCGCUUCCAGGAGUAGUUUGUUCAGGAGUAGUAUUUCCAGGAGUGUCAUUUCCAGGAUUACCUUUUCCGGGAGUAUCGCCUCCAGGAGUGUCAUUUCCAGAAGUAUCUUUUCCAGGAGUGCCAGUAUUGAUUGGUGGAGCAAUCUGACUAGUUGAAACCAAUAUCACUUUAACCGUGGUUGAAGUUUGUCGAGGCGGUGGCACAUCUUCAGAUGGAGUUAUAAACUCAAUAUGGCGAGUACUCACUGCAGACACGGCAUCACUGCUAGUGGAGACCGCAAUUUGUUGAGUAGUCUCUAGAGAUGGUUCAGAUUUGCUCGGCGAUGGAAUAGGCGUAGUAGUAAGUGAUGAUCUACUUAGUGUUUGUUCAGUAUCAGAUAGUGCAUCCUGAAUAUCUGAUGGUGGAGCAGUAAUAGAUACACUUGGUGUUGGGCUAUUACUAUUUGAAAUACCAGACACGCUAGUGAUUGUGUUCAAUUCAGAUUGUGAUACUUGUUUAGUAUGUGGAUCAAAUUUGUCGGGAACUACUGAAUUAAAGACUAUC